AUGAUGAAGCUUGCCGUGGUAUUGGCGCUCCUUUCCUUCUUGCCUGCCGUCCAUGGCCAAGGAGGAGCAGUGAAUGAUCCCAUCUUGGCGGGUUAUGAUUUGGUCGCCUAUCAUUCUCUGGAUUCUUUGGACGAUGGCGUUCCUGGCAGUCCCGAUUUUCAGACUCGACACAAAGGGUAUCUCUAUUACUUUUCCUCCCAAGAUAAUCUGGAUAUCUUUCUCGCGAAUCCGGAACCGUAUCUUCCUGCCUAUGGAGGGUUCUGUGCCUGGGGUGUCGCCUGGGAAUACGAAGACGAUGGGUGGCCAUGGGCUGCAGACCACAUGGGACCUCCGUGUGGUCCUCGCGAUGGCUGGGCCUUGUUGACGGAUGAAUCCACCGGGCAGCGUCGCCUCUACUGCUCCAUUUGGCGUUCCUACCAAGAUGAUUUCAAUCGGCGUCAAGAGGAGGGAAUUCGUUUGGCCAAUCAGCGCUGGGUGGAAUGGUACGGCAGUCUUGAUGCAGGUCCGAUGAAUCAUGGCUGCUACGCCUGGAACUGGCAGAGUUGCUUUGCCGAGUCCAUCUAUGAUCCCUCCAAUCCUGUUACUGAGGCAGCGGAUCCAACGGCCACACCAACCAUGGCUCCUACUCAAUCACACACGUUGUUUGAACCAGGACAAGCCAGUGGAUUAACCACUGUCUGGUCGGAUCCCAUGGCUGCCCUCGGUGGAGUCUUGAGCUUUCAGUGGACACUCGAGGAUGUGGACUCGAUCCGGCCCUUGUUGAUUGUUGACCUCUUGUACGAGAUGGACGAGGAAGAGUUGCCUCUUGCUAGCGGGGACAACUUUUACUUGGGUUUUGGAGUGGCGGAACAAGUCAUGGAAGGUGCUCUGGUAGUGUGCGCUCCCACCACUGGCGGUGCCACGACGGUGGCCAAGUCAUCUGGGUUGGACGGUGCUGGGAGCGGUACCGGUAGUUCCUGCAAGACGUACUUGGGAUCGGGCAUGGGUAUCACGGCACCCAACUCGGAUCCUGUCCAGCCUACCGUUUUGGAAUCCGAGCGCAAUGAAACGCACUAUCGCGUCCGCUUCUCGGCCAACCUCUUUGCCUGUUGGUCCAAUCCUGUGUGGCCGGCUAGGGUCUUGUUCUCUCGGGGAUUGGUGUCGGGGAAUGGAGAUCCCAUGCCUCAUUUGAACAACCCCUUGCAUCGACAGGCAGUCAAAGGUGUGGAGUUCUUGUCGGUCAUUCGAGGCGACAAUGGAAUGGCCGCUAACGCCACAACCGACGGUCCCCCGCCACCGCUCGAGUUAGAUCCACUCCCGAGCGACGUAAUCGUCAAUGUGGGUGGAACCCUUGGUUCGUUGGUGCUUCUGAACGGGCGUGUGACAUUGAACUAUGGGCUUUACCGUUACUCCAAUCAGGACGAAGAAGUUGUGCACAUUAAGCUGUUGAAUGUGCCCUAUAAUCCAUUGGAUGACGAGGACGAGGAGCACACCUACAUUGGAUUUGGAUUUGCUACUGAUACCAUGAGUGGUCUAGUGAUGACUUGUAUGCCCAGUUCCCAAAUCGACAAUGACGGCAACACUACGGAACUUUUCGCUACUUGUCACCAGUGGCGCGGGCUUGGAACGAAUCUGUAUCCACGUGCUCUCGAGACGGACGCAGGAGGCUGGUUCUUGACCAACUUGGAAGGCAAUGGAACGCAUCUAAACUACACCUUGGCGGGACGCGUGGCUGAUGUGUUGGACGAGGCAGAGACUGUGGAGGGUCGCAUCGACUCCGACAGCAACUUACGGGCCAUUGUUGCGGUUGGACGUGCAGCUCCUGACACUGGCACUCCACUCAUGCACACGUCGAGAGAUCGAACCCCGCUGGUCCUGGACAAAUUGGCCGUCAUGGCACAGGGCAGCGUUUCCCAGUUGAAGGCUGGUGAUAGUGGCUCUUCUGCUGCUUCCUCUCACGCGUCGAGCUCUUCAGGCACAGCUGUGCCCACGUUCCAAUGUUUGUCCCUCGUUAUGGGCCUUGUGGCGUCGUUCCUUAUUAGUGCGGUGUAA